AUGGUAAUGGAUAAACGAUGUUAUCCAAAUGUUGUAACCACCGGAUUCUAUGCUGUAAAUGCAAGCAACAACGUGACACUGACAUGUAAUUUUACGUCAUCCUACCCACCAGUGCAGAUGAUGCAGUGGUAUAGAUAUGACAGCGAUAUAACAACUGGUCUGACGGGGAAAUAUGUAGGGGGAACUCUACAGAACCCCUCCCUUACCAUCACAGACUUCCAACCCGACGAUCAAGGAAUUUACAAGUGCUCAGCAUCCAAUUUAUACGGCACGAGAAAUAGUUCAGAUAUAAUCGUUUAUCUAGAUGGAGGUGCUCCAGUAACAUUAACAGGACAAAAUAUGACUGGCUCGCCUGGCACAACAUUGACCAUUCCCUGUACUGUUGUGAGCGAAUCAAUAAGUACAGUCUUCUGGACGUUUCAGCCCAGUGACCAGGACAAUGAAACAGAAAUAGUUUUUUCUUAUUCCAAAUUUUACUGGUACUCUUCUUCACCCUCUUUACGAAUUUAUUAUUUGAAUACCUCUGAUAUAGGAUUCUACAGAUGUUGUGCUAACAGUUCAAGUGGCCUUGGACGAAGUACACCGGUACAUGUUACUCUCAAGGGAAAGCAAAUUAACGUGGCCAGGUCAACGUACUCAGUUUACACCGGUGAUGACGUCAUUCUCUCUGUGUCCAUAUUCUCCAUGCCCGACGCCAUGAAUAUCACCUGGAUGUUUAGCACGAUAAAUUCCUAUUCAUAUUACUACUACGCCGCCCUGGAUCUGACGUCAGACGUUCGAUACGAUGGCGGGACCGUGUCGUCACCUUCUCUGGUCAUACGUUAUCCAAAUGUUGUAACCACCGGAUUCUAUGCUGUAAAUGCAAGCAACAACGUGACACUGACAUGUAAUUUUACGUCAUCCUACCCACCAGUGCAGAUGAUGCAGUGGUAUAGAUAUGACAGCGAUAUAACAACUGGUCUGACGGGGAAAUAUGUAGGGGGAACUCUACAGAACCCCUCCCUUACCAUCACAGACUUCCAACCCGACGAUCAAGGAAUUUACAAGUGCUCAGCAUCCAAUGUAUACGGCACGAGAAAUAGUUCAGAUAUAAUCGUUUAUCUAGAUGGAGGAAAGCAAAUUAACGUGGCCAGGUCAACGUACUCAGUUUACACCGGUGAUGACGUCAUUCUCUCUGUGUCCAUAUUCUCCAUGCCCGACGCCAUGAAUAUCACCUGGAUGUUUAGCACGAUAAAUUCCUAUUCAUAUUACUACUACGCCGCCCUGGAUCUGACGUCAGACGUUCGAUACGAUGGCGGGACCGUGUCGUCACCUUCUCUGGUCAUACGUUAUCCAAAUGUUGUAACCACCGGAUUCUAUGCUGUAAAUGCAAGCAACAACGUGACACUGACAUGUAAUUUUACGUCAUCCUACCCACCAGUGCAGAUGAUGCAGUGGUAUAGAUAUGACAGCGAUAUAACAACUGGUCUGACGGGGAAAUAUGUAGGGGGAACUCUACAGAACCCCUCCCUUACCAUCACAGACUUCCAACCCGACGAUCAAGGAAUUUACAAGUGCUCAGCAUCCAAUUUAUACGGCACGAGAAAUAGUUCAGAUAUAAUCGUUUAUCUAGAUGGAGCACGCCAAAAGUUGUGCUCCAGUAACAUUAACAGGACAAAAUAUGACUGGCUCGCCUGGCACAACAUUGACCAUUCCCUGUACUGUUGUGAGCGAAUCAAUAAGUACAGUCUUCUGGACGUUUCAGCCCAGUGA